AACAUAUUCGUUAAAGAAGCCAAAACCGCGAAGAACCAGUCCCUGAUCCUAAUUCCAACGCCACAAUGAAGAAGACGAAGACGAAGAAGAAGAAGCACGAGUUCGAAUAUUGCACGGUUUGCAAGCUCAAUCACGACCAAGGUCCGAGCCACAAGUACAUCCCCAGCCACACCAAGUCCCUCUCUACUUUCCUCUCCCGCUUCCAGGCCAAGCUCUCCGACGUCGUUUUCUUCCUCAACAACCCUACCUUCCUCCGCCUCGAACACGCCGCCCGCAACCGCCUCUGGUGCGUCUUCUGCGAUUUCGACAUUGACGAGCGCGACAGCUCCUUCGCCUGUGGCAAUGCCAUUAAUCACCUUGCGAGUGCCGAACAUCUGAAGAAUUUGAAGCAUUUUUUGUGGAAAUACGGUGGAGGAAUGGAUUCUGUAGAUAAAUUCCGGAUAUUGGAAGCUGACCUUGCUAAGUGGGAGAAAAAGUGCAAGGCAUUGAAGACUGAAGCUGUAUCUGGAGGACCGAUGCCAGGGCCUUCAAAUGAUAUCCAUACUAAACUUGAAUAUGGAAUUUUAGAUACUUUCCAAAAUAGUAGUAGUUCAAAAUUUUCAAAUGGUGUUAUGCCUUUACUAGAUCAUACAAAUGAGAAUCAGGUAUCCCAUUCAGUACCCUCCCAAUAUGCAAACGGUGGUUGCUUUGUGCAAGAUGUUGUUGCUUCCUCUUCUAUAAAUUCCCAAGGUUUUACAGUUAGUAGCCAGGGUUCUCUUAUUUCUAAUGGUAGAAAAGGCUCGGCUGAUGUCAAUUUGAAUAAUGAAAGGAUGAACAAGGUGUACCAGCACGGAAGAAUGGCAAUGGGACAGAGCAGUUCUCAAGGUGUUCAUAGCCUCACUCAAAUUCCUUACAAGGGUCCUAAAGAUGCUAGUGGAAAUGUGCAUACUGGAGCACUUCCUCCUUGGUUUGCAGCUGAGGAAGAAAUUCAGCUAAGUAUUCCACUACAACGAGUUUCUGCUACCCCUCUUCCUCUGUCAAAUCAGGCAGGGAAGUCCAAGAAAUUGAACCCAAAACGAGUGGGAGCAGCUUGGGCAGAAAGGAGAAAGAGAGAGAUGGAGAUGGAGCAAAGAGGUGAGAUUGUCAAGAACGAUUAUGAUGCUAAUUGGCUCCCCAAUUUUGGUGGAGUUUGGCAAUCUGGUACCCGGAAAGAGGCUAGAAAAGAAUUUGAGUUGGAGAAACAUAAUUUAGUUAAGGUUGAAAGUCAAUCUGAGAUGCCAAUCAAGAUACAGCCUUACGUCAGCAAAAGGAUGCGAACAGGUGCAAGUGAAUAAUUCUGUGAUUGUGAGUUGAUAGUUGUCUGAAGACGGAUGUUUGGGA